GAUUUUAUAAAAAAAAAAAAAACUACCUUCUUUAAUGAUAUUGGUUUAAUGUAAAUUUCUCAAUGAGUCAGCAGUUGUAUUGUAUGAAGCUUUUCACCUCCCAUCUUCACAGGCCUGUUCUCCACACCAAAAGCUCCACGAGCACCCUUCGGACACACAGCAGCAGCGGCGCACCGUUUGCCACACACAGCAGCAGCUGCAGCUGCAGCUGCAGCUGCCGUCGGCACACACAGCAGAAGCGGAAGCACACACAGAAGCAGCACCAGCACCCGUCGGUCGGCUCCUCUCUAUACUCUUUGAACACUUCAAUCGCCGAUAACGGGAAGAGGAUGUCGAUGAAUCCCCAGCAGUUCCUCCUUGUAUGCCUCUCUCUUUUCUUGCUAUUUUUUACGCAUAUCUCUCAUCUCUCUCUUGCCGAUGUCGGCACUACUGCCAGCUAUGCCCCACCAUAUAUACCCACCGCGUGCAGCGGCAACGACGGUUCUCAGUUUCCGUCAAGCAAUCUGUUCGCAGCAGCCGGAGAGGGGAUAUGGGACAAUGGGGCAGCUUGUGGGAGGCAAUACUUGGUGAGGUGUAUUAGUGCAGCAGCACCAAAUAGUUGCAAUCCAAGUCAAACAAUACAAGUGAAGAUAGUAGACAGAGCACAAACAUCGGCUUCAAGGCCUUCAAGGGGUGGAACCACCAUGGUUCUCUCUACUACAGCUUUUGGAGCAAUUGCCAAUGGAUCACCGCCAUCCAUUAACAUUGAAUUUCAACAGGUUUGAAGUGGACAACAGCAAAAGACAUAUAUGUAUAAUUCUAUCAACUAUUAUAGGAGGGAGCUGAUGAUCGUUCUUUUGUUACUUUUCUCCAUAGUCUCCACCUAGACAUUGAAUAAUUUAUAUUAGUUCCUAAUUUUUAUUUUUAUUUGCUCAAUAACAAAUGACCUAGCAAGAAUAAUUUUUCCAUACA